AACUACUUUGAUUCUGACUAAUUAUAUAAUAACUGAUUAAAAGUGUAAAACAUUAUCAACACUCUACAUCCUCACCAAACAUGGACACGGUUGAAGAGGGGAAACAACCACUUCUAAUCACCGUCACCCAUGCCGGAGACGUUCCGGAACUCAGGUCAAUACCAUCAAAUGAACAAAUAUCAGAAUCAGCUAACACCUCACGCUGGUCAUUCCUCUUUAAACUCCUUCUCGUCAUCACAACCAUCGGUGUUUCCACAGCAGGUAUCGCGUUAAUCAUAUUGAUCACACCAACCCCACCAACCGUUCACAUACACUCCAUGCAUAUAGCAUUCAAUGAACACCAUCUCCCGAUCUGGUCAGCAACGUUCACUAUCAAAAACCCCAACGAGAAACUCCGUGUAACGUACGAGAGUCCCUCGGUGUGUGUGUUUCAUAGAAGAAAACACGUGGGAACGGUAAGAAUAGGGGCGUUCGGGCAGAGCGGUGGGGAAGGGAACGAGGUAGUUGUGAAGGGAGAUGAAACCGGAGUUAUCGAUGAAGAGGCGGCUCGGGGAAUGGAGGAUGAUGUGGCGAUGACGGGAAGUGUGGUGGGUCUUGAUAUGGUGUUUCUAGGGAGGGUAGGGUUUUAUCCGGGAGCUUCUACUGUAUGGGGAAAGCAGAACAUGACGGCUGUUUGCAAGAACGUGAAGGCUAUGUUGUCUAGUGAUGAUUAUGAUGAUGAUAAACUCAAUAAGACAAAGAGUUGGGGCUUGACGUUUGAUGAUCGACAAGAUUGUCGUGUACGUCUCCCUGUUUUUCCUUAGGGUUAGUUGAGUACAUUCGUCGAAAUUGAGAAAUACAACAAUCGUAGAUUUGUUUGUUGUUACAUUUGUUAGGAUUGUAUGAUGAUCGAUGACUUAUGAUAUGAUCUGACUAAUUUAUCGGAAACAAUUUUUAAUGUAACUGAUUUUGAGAAACAAAUCGGAAGAAUUGAUUUUCU